AUGACGGUGGAAGUCGAUCUCGUGCGCACCUUCGGAGAUCAAAGACAUUUCACGACGAGCUAUGAUCGCGUGGCUACUGGGUAUCUUUUCUUAGACUGGUUUGCAAUUCCGCAGCUCACCGAAAGAGCCGAUGGGGUGAAUGACGAUGCCACAAAAUCAGAUACAGCUCGCGCGGUUCAGAGCAUUCCAGCAUACGUGGAGUCUUGCGACAUGUUCGUAGCGCUCGUCCCCGACCUUGUUCACAGUGAUACCGGGCUGCAAUGCAACUAUAGCACUUGGCUUUCACGAGGCUGGUGUCGAGCGGAGCUGUGGUGUCGCCUGUUGUCAAAUCGAGAGGACACCGGGGUGGUUGUCAUAUUUUCAGACAGAGAGGCACUCUACAUUAUGCCUAUGGACUGGCAAAGAAGCCUGAUCGCGGAUGGCUUGUUCACAGUGGAAAGCGACCGCGCUGUGGUGAUGAAGCUUGGGGAACGGGCUUUGAGAAGCAAGAUCGAACACUUGGAUCGGUGGGGGCCCUUGACGGACUACCGCUUCCACUUGGCGCAGGAGCCCAGAUUGCUCGGUCAACAGCAGGGAGGCUUUAGCCUUCAGGGCUUCUUGCGACACUUCAAUUUUCCGAGUCUCCAUGAAGCUGUGAAGCAUGAAAGUGGCAUGACGGGUUUGCUGUGCGCAAUUGUUGCUGGCGAUGGAGAUAUCGUGGAAACCUUGGUCAAGAAUGGUGCAGAUGUCAACGCUCGUGUCAGCGGUCUUGGGCAUCUGGGAUACUCCGAUUCUCUAACUUUGCUGAUGGUGGCCGCCUAUAGUUCUCAAGAGCCGAAGAUCCUGUCCACCCUUAUCAUGUCGCGGGCCGAUCCUGACAUUGUGUGCGUCUCCCGGGGUGGCUCAUUAGUUACCGCGGCAUGGCUAGCAUCGCAGCCGGGCCAUGUACAGGUGUUGCUGGAGAAGAAAGCAGACUUGGCCGCGUCACCGCCGUUGACGGGAGCUGUCGCAGUUUCCAAUGCAAGCACGGUGAAGGCAUUCUUGGAGGCUCGCUGUGACGCUGGCACCGUUUCCCCAAAUGGCUUCGGACCUAUGUACAGUGUGUCCUUUGGUGGCCGUGGCAGUCCGGAU